UUUGCCAUUUGCCACACAUAUACUCUCCCCUCACAUGUAUGAUAUGGCAUCUUCUUCAUCGAACUUUCAAAGUCUUUAACUUCCAGUCUCUGCCUCUGUUAGAUAGCACUCUACUCUACUAUCCCCUCCCUCCCUCCCUCCCUCUCUUUACAGCAUCUAUCCAGAGUCCCAAGCAUGAAGAAGCUAUACCGUAAGGGCACGGUGCAUCCAUCGCCGCCAAUAAUAUCAGACCAUCUGUCCUUUCUUCCGGCCACCAUCCUAACCCUCACAGCAGCUCUUUCUCCAGAGGACAGAGAGGUGUUGGCCUAUCUUAUCUCCUGCUCGAGCAAUAACAAUAUCCUCUGCAGCAACUGGUCCUAUAUGAAUAGCCGCAAGAGUAGUUCUCGCCAAAAGACAACUUCUUACACCAAGAACAGCAGCAGCAGCAAUAAUGACCAUCCUCCUAUGUUCAACUGUGACUGUUUUAGGUGUUACAUGAGUUACUGGAUUAGAUGGGACUCGUCUCCUAAUCGACAGCUCAUUCAUGAGAUUAUCGAUGCUUUCGAGGAUUGGUUGUUGAAACAAGGAAAGAGUAGUUCUUCAAGCGGCAAAAAGAACAAGAAAGACAGGAAAAGGAAGGGAAAUAGCCAAGGGUCUGGUGAGUUAAUCAAGAGGGUAGAGUUGAGAAUGAAGCACAGGAUGGACGAGUCUAAUUCAGUGGAUGAAAAUAGAAGCGGCGGGGGUGGGGGUGAAGUUGCUGCCUCCGCUGCUGCUGGUGGUGGUGGCGGUGGUGGUUGUGGUGAAGAAGAAGUGACAGAUAAAGGGUCUGUCAGGAGGUUUGUGAGCUUCAUCGGGGAGAGGAUUUGGGGUGUUUUGGGCUAGUGAAUUAGAUGGAACCAGGAAAGGAAGAGAGCUGGUGGGUUUAAUUCGUUGUAUUACCUGCAGGCUACUACUUUUCUGGCAUUUCGCUAUAAGAUCAUAAAGGGAAGGAUUUUCUUCUUGUUUCUUUUUUAUCUUCCUUGUUUAUAGUCUUGAAUCACCAUCAAUUUUGAUGUUUUUCCCAGCAAA